AUGGCUGGGAUUACUGGAGAUAAGCGUAGCUCUAUUGAUGUACUCAUUCGAGUACGACCCAUGCGGGCAGAACUGAAUGAGGUAAAAUGUGCGUGGGAUAUCGGUACAAAUACCCUGCGGGAAAAGAGUAAUCCUGAUAGUCUUUUCACUUUUGAUCAUGUAUACAAUAUUGAUGCGACCACACGGGAAUUGUAUGAACGCAGUGUACGCAGAGGAAUAGUAGCCAAUGUCGCUAAAGGCUAUAAUGGUACAGUAUUUGCUUAUGGUCAAACUGGUAGUGGUAAGACUUAUACCAUGUUAGGUGAAGAUGGUAUGGAUGUUGGCGGUAAUCAUAAUAAUAGUAAUAGUAAUAAUUAUAAUAAUAAUAGUAAUAGUAGUUAUCGUAAUCACCACUCAGAGGGACUUGUUGCCAUGACGGUUCGUGAUCUUUUCACAGAUCUUGAAGGAGAACUACGGAAAGAUCCAUCUAUGCAAAUAUCUGUAUUUGUAAGUAUGGUUGAGAUAUAUAAUGAGCAACUACGGGAUUUAUUAUUAGCAUCAGGAGCCCCUACAUUACCCUUAUCUAUACGUGAGAAUGAGUAUGGUGUAUAUGUACAUAAUGCUGUAAGGCGUCAAGUAUCGAGUGCUCAGGAAUGUACACAAGUUAUUCAUACACAAGCAGCAGCACGUGUCUCUGCUAAUACUUCAAUGAAUGAACAUUCAAGUAGAUCCCAUUGUGUUAUUCGUAUUCUUGUAGAAAAGACUAUUCUUAUAGAUGAUAGUAGUGAUGUCUCUUCCUAUAGUGAUGAUACAGAUGCUGAAAAUAGUGAUUGUUUAAAAAAAAAAAUUGUUUCCACACUUAAUCUUGUGGACCUUGCUGGAUCUGAAAGAGUUGCGAAAUCUGGAUUAACGGGUAUGCGAAGAGUGGAGGGUGGACAUAUUAACAAAUCUCUUACUAUCCUCACUACUGUGAUUAGUCGAUUAUCUGAGAAUAGUAACUAUAUGAGUGGAAAUAAUACAAAUACCACUAAUACUAUUGGGAGUGCUGGAACUGUAAGUGUACCGGCCUUUGUUCCUUAUCGAGAUUCUCGACUCACACAUCUUCUUAAAACCGCUAUUGGAGGGAAUUCACUCACAGCUGUUUUUUGUUGUAUCACUCCCGCUAUUCAACAUGUGGAUGAAUCUCGCAGUACACUACAGUUUGCGGCCCGAGUGAAAUCUAUAAAGAAUAAAGUUUCUGUAAACGAAGUCGCAGAUCCAAGGACGAGACUUCGGGAAAUGGAAUUAUCUUUACGCCGGUAUAAACGUAUGAUGGUAGCUACUACACUUUAUUUAUGGAGUAAGAAUGUUCGAAUUAAAAAUAUGCAAGAGAAAAUAGAUGAAUUGAUACUUCACUUACAAGGGAAAUCUGAAGUGGACUCUGAACUUCUUAAUAGUUAUAAUAAUAAUAAUAAUAAUAAUAAUAAUAAUAAUAAUAAUAAUAAUAAUAAUAAUAACAAUAAUAAUGGUUUUGUUCCUCCUGGUAAAACAGUACGAUCAUCAUUAAAUGAACAACAACGUAUCAUCAUUGAACGGCUUACAGAACAGAAUGAGAUGCUGCAAGAAGAACUUGUGAAUACUAAAUCCGCACUAGAACGUAAAAGUGGAAUGAUGGAAAAUAAUAAUAACUACAUGGAUCUUAAUAUCAAUACAGGAGCCGCAGCCGCAGCCGCAGCUAUUGGAGUGGCGGAUGAUCAUGAGAAACAACAACUUCGUAGUGAACUUCGUGAAUUAGAACAAAUGUUAAAAGAAGCCGUAGAUGAGAAAAAUGCUAUUCAACAGUCUAUGGAUGAAUUGGAUAGUUUCUGUAAAGAGUUGGAGGAUGAAAAUUCAGCACAGGCCUCUACGGUAAAAACAUUAAAAGAAAAAUGCAAGGAACUACAAACACUUAUAGAUGCAAAAGGAGAUGCUGAGAGUAGUGCCAAUGCGGAAGUAAAUUUAUUGAAAGAACAACUUUCCAAAACACAACAGAAACUAUUAGAAAAAAGUCGUGGAGAUGAUUAUUUACAGCAAUUAACAAAACUACAUAUUGAACAUCAAGAACUUCAGUUCAAAUAUCAUCAACUACAAGAAAAACAUAAUCGUGAGAUGGAGGAACAACACACCAAAGUGGAAGAUUUACAAACAAAAAUAGAAGAAUUGGAAGAUGAAGUAACGGAAAUGCGGGAUAUAAAUAAACUACAAAAUUCAUAUCUUUGGCGAUUAAUAAGUGUGGCUUCUGUGGUCUCACGGGGAAAGGCAGCAGAUCCAGAAGAGACUACCGCUACCGUUCGUGGUUCUCAAGUAGAUGCGGCGGUGAAUACACUCACAGCAGUGGUGUUAUCAUCAUUGGAAAAACCCCCGGCGGUGUUGGAUUCCGUCAAGAGAUCUCAACAACGAGAAGAAGAAGAAGAAUCACCAGAACAGGGAAAUAAUACAAAAAUGACUGAAAGCAAAGAUAAUAAUAAUAAUAAUAAUAAUAAUAAUAAUAGUGAUGGUGAUAAUGCCAAUCUUCAAAGACGUAUUGAAGAAUUACAGCGACAGCUUAUUACAAGAGAUGCACAACGUGAUGUUAUCGUAGAUAGUAAAUUAAAACGCAUGCAAAAUCUUGUACUGCGUCUUCAUACCACAAAUGCGGCACUUGUAGAAGAAAUGCGAAAUUCUUUUUCACUUAAUGAGGAACUCUUUCGCAUUGUGGAUAAGCAUCCAAAGUUAUCUUCAAAGGUUGUCAAGGCUGGACUUAUACCAACAUCACUUAAAGCCGCACUUGAACGGGCUACAUUAGCCAGAAUUCCCACAAAACCAUAUGGACACAACUAA